AUGCACUUGACCUGGUCUCCGCGGAUCGUCUUGGCGACUCGAGCACUCGCUUCUGUCCAAGCCUGUCAACGAGUGCUCACUUGUAUGCCUAUGAGCUCUGAAAAAAAUGGCGAAAUUGGAAAAAAAACUCUGUCAACUACAUAUUUUGCUGUUGAUGUUGAUGCUGAUGCUGAUGCUGAUGCGAUCCACUUUUGGCCCAGUUUCAGACUAUCCCCACGAGAGAGAGACCUCUUUGCUGUUUGCGUCAGCGUCGCUGUUGUAUGCACCGACGUGUUUGGCGGUAAACGCAUGCCCGCCGGGCCGAGCAUGUCAGCCGAGACGUGUGUGCUGGCGCGGAGACAAGCGUCCGGCCGACGCGGACUCCGCCACGGACGUGACGCAGGUCAGUUCGGUGUUGAGCGGAAGGCGGUACCGGACGGCGGAGUGCUCUCUCACGCCACUUCUCUCUCUCUCUCUCUCACUCACUCACUCACUCGUUCACUUUGCAGUACAAGGCCCAGUUCAAGACCGACAUCGGGAUGGGCUUUCCAGUUCACGCGAAGUCUAAUUGUCGACAGGACACACAUGCAUACACACACACACACAAUUUACACGCCUGUUUGUAGUCAUUUUUGCGGGCCCCGGGAUCGAGUCCCGCCGGAAGAGGGUUGCGCUCUUCGACUGUUGGUUGUGGGCAUGCGACGCGAACUGACGCGACGUGGUUGCUCGUCGCCGACGUUGGCCAGACGUCAACUUGACCCGCGGAUCAGUUGGUUGUGGCACGGAGGCUGCGUCAAUCUAACAUUAGCGGGCAGCAAGCACUCAAUCGACUGGUACCUUCAAUCGGUCCUGCCCACUCGGAUGUUGAACGUCCAAGCAGAGGGAGCAGGCAACUCAUACCGUCGCGUCAUGUGGCCGACCGGCCUGGCGUCCUGUCUUCACGCCUCUGGCGCAUCAACAAGUGCAAGCUUUCCUCAUAAACAAUUCACUGCAAUUGGGUUACUAAGGCGCCCUAAUCUGCAUUCUUUCGUCUCUCUCUCUCUCUCUCUCCCCUUUCCCCUUCCUCAGGGCAAGGGAGCAGAAUUAGGCUGUUCCUCUUCAGUCGAUUCAGCCAACCAGAAUAAAAGUGACUGCAUUUGGUAA